AUGGAUCCCGAGUUGUUUUUUCGUCAUAACGAAACUUUGGAACACUUUUAUGCGCGAUGUAAUAAUUUGACGAUUUUCGAUUGUAGUGAGGAUGAAAUGCUAUGGUGGGCGAUGGGAUCUCGUAGAUUACCUUUGAAGGAAAUAAUACCUAUAAGUAUUGUACUGGUUGUGAUAUUUUUGACAGGAGUCGUAGGAAAUGUCUGUGUGUGCGUCGUUAUUGUACGGAACCCGGGACUGCAUACGGCAACUAAUUAUUAUCUGUUCAGUUUGGCUGUAAGUGACUUGCUGUUGCUAUUAUUUGGUCUGCCGAACGAUCUGGCAGUCUACUGGCAUCAGUAUCCAUACAGCUUGGGUCUGGUGUUUUGCAAGCUUCGAGCUUUCAUUUCCGAGGCAGCAACCUACGUGUCUGUGCUGACAAUAUCAGCGUUCAGUCUGGAGCGGUACCUGGCUAUAUGUCACCCUCUACACGUGUACGCAAUGGCGGGCUUGACGCGGGCUUCCAGAAUAAUCCUGACUUUGUGGACGGUCGCGUUCUUGAGCGCCUCGCCGUUUGCUGUGUAUACAGAUAUCAACUACAUCGACUAUCCACCAAAUUCUGGCAAUAAAUCGACGGAGUCAGCAUUCUGCGCGCUCAUUGCCACCUCACCACUUCUGGAACUCAGCAGCAUUUUCUUCUUCUUCGCGCCAGCUGUACUCAUACUGUGCCUGUACAUCAUCAUGGGAUGGCGAAUCAGAUCAACACGAAUCAAUAAGAAGAGUAAAGAGUUACUCAGUGGACAAAUUCAUGGCGAUACGCGACAAGCGAAAUCUAGAAAGGCUGUUAUAAGAAUGUUGGUCGCAGUUGUAACAGCGUUCUUCGUGUGUUGGACUCCGUUUCAUGUACAACGAUUGUUCUUCAUCUACGGGCUGGGCAUGCCGCAGUACCACGCCAUCAAUGAACAGCUCUUCAACGUCGCCGGUGCCCUGUAUUACGUCUCAGCGACCGUUAACCCGAUACUUUACAAUGUUAUGAGUGCUAGAUAUCGCCUCGCCUUCAAAGACACACUCCUCUGUAGAACAGCAGAUCGCCUGCAAUCUAGAAACUUCGGUUUUUCGCUCCGUGAAGGUUCGACUCCAACCUCUAGUGUUAACAAAGUUAAAUCAAGCUGCUACAGAGACAAAAAGCACGGAAAAGUAAACUUUAUCAAAGACGAACAAAAAAUCUUCAGUAUUGAAACAAAAAUUGAUGAAAAUGAUACAUUUUGCCACGAAACUGGACAGUGACAAUAUAGCCAAAUAGAUACUGGCGUACAACGAGAUGGAAUAACACGAAGAGGAUUUCGUAAACAGUACACAUAAAUGACAUAUCCAUGUUACAGAAGAGAAAUAUUUACUACCAAGAUAAUCGUUAGUGUAGAAUAUAAUAUCCAACUAGAACAGCAGAAAAA